AUGAGAACUCAUUCAGGAGAACGUCCUCAUAUUUGUGAACAUCCGGAUUGUAAUAAAUCUUUUAGUGAUAGUUCCUCCUUGGCCAGGCAUCGACGCAUUCACACUGGAAAACGCCCUUAUAAAUGUGGCUUUGAAAAUUGUGGUAAAAGCUUUUGUCGUAAAACAAAUUUGACCCGUCAUCAUCGAAGAACUCAUCUAAUGGCCUUGAAAACCGAAAGACCAUUCAUCUGGCGCACUCCAAUCGAUAGCACUCACCUCUCAAUGUCUGAACCAAUUUAUCAUACAUAUAUUACCCCUCCUCAUGAAUACUCUCGUCUUCACACGAGGGAUCUUCCUAUCAGUCCUGUCUUAUCUCAAGGUUCAGCCUAUUCCACGACGAGUUCAUUUGCAAGUUCUCCAACAACUCCAAAGUUUCAAAACUCUUUGCCAACGAUUUAUGCUCCUCAGCCAAUACUAGCAACUCGUAAUUAUUACAACGAUAAUGGAUACGCAUCACCUUCUUCAACGACAUCAUCAUUACCAUCUCCCAGUCUUCCAACGACGCAGACUUUACCAAAUGUAUCCACAACGAAUCAUUGUAUGGGAUGCUAUUGUUGUUGGCAAAAUAAUCAAUUAUUGCAAUGGAAAAUUCAACAAAUGAUCAAUCCCCCUUCAAAAUUGCGAUACGAUCAACAUGGAAUUGACGCAAAUUUUAUUCCUUUCAAUUAUUAA